AUGUCCCUCACACUGAAGAUCACCUCGCUGUUCGUGAGGACGCUUGCGAAACCGAUGGCCAACACCAUCAAACGCAAUGCCCACGAACACGAGCGGUUCCGCAGGAUAUGCGUUGGCUUCGCACAGAGGAUCCACCGAGUCGACAUGAGAAUGCGCCUAGGCCUUCUCCAAGAUCCAGCCGUCAUCGACCGCCAGAUCAAGAAAGAAGUGGCCGCGGCAAAGGCUGCCCGGGAUAGACACGCAACCCCAACAGUCAAGACGGAAGAAGAAACGAAGACGGAGGAGGAGAUGACGGAGAAGGAGAAAGAGGACAUAAAGAAGAGGACCGAGGAGAGAUUCAAGCCGCGGAUUCGGCCGCUCUCUGAGCAAAAGGCCAUCGAGACUGGCGCAAACUUUGUCGCCGAAUCCUUCAUUUUCGCCGUUGGUAUAAGUGUCAUUGUGUUCGAGCAGUGGCGGCAGAGGAGGAAGGCCAAAAACGCUCGAGACGACAUAAGAGAAGAUCUCGAGGAGCUGCAGAUCGAGCUGAAGACUGUCAAGAGCGAACUUGAAGAGCUGAGGAAGAAGCAGCCCGACCCCGUGCAGCAAGGAAAGCUACUUAGCUUCUGGAGAGGCAGCGGAGUCGCCGAGCAUCAGAGAACAGAGGAGGAACACCGGGCUGAAGCCAAGGUAGCUGUCGCCAAGAAUAAGGAGGUGAAGAGGUUAAGAGAGCAGGCGGAGGCAGAGAAGCCCUCCAGUUCAAGCAACUUGACGGCCAUGCAAGCAUCAGACGUAUCUCAAGGGCAUUCCACGUCGGACGAUAGCCAGCCUAAGCAAUGA